CUUGUGAAGUAGAUCCAUGUAAACAUGGGGGAACAUGUUACACUAAUGGGAUAGGCUACUACUGUGCGUGUACGGAUCUAUCUUACGGGAUAAAUUGUGAAGCUGUAAUUGGCUGUCCAGACGAUACUCUGCUUUUCGGGGACUGCGAGAAAUCAUGUACUUUAAUUGGCUGUUCAACAGGACAAAUCUGCUGCUCAAAUGGCUGCGGAACGGAGUGCAUGCAGCUUGUAAUUGAUACUGACCAUGCAUGUACGGACAACCUGUGCCAAAACGAGGCCACGUGUGAAAUUGUUGAUACUCUCCAUUACCAGUGCAAAUGCCAGUCUGGAUAUACAGGGACAUUUUGUGAGCAGUGGUUAAGUAAACCCAAACCAUGUGAAUCCAGUCCUUGUUACCAUGGUACCUGCUAUGACGUUGGAGACCACUAUUAUUGUGUCUGUGAUACUGGUUACAGUGGCUCCACAUGCUAUCAUGUUUCAACAGACAUUUGUGAUACCGACCCAUGCUAUAAUCAUGGAAAGUGUAUCGCAAAGAGCCAGACAACAUACAGCUGUGAAUGUUCUCAGGGAUACAAUGGUCCAAGAUGUGAAGGGUUAAGUAAACCCAAACCAUGUGAAUCCAGUCCUUGUUACCAUGGUACCUGCUAUGACGUUGGAGACCACUAUUAUUGUGUCUGUGAUACUGGUUACAGUGGCUCCACAUGCUAUCAUGUUUCAACAGACAUUUGUGAUACCGACCCAUGCUAUAAUCAUGGAAAGUGUAUCGCAAAGAGCCAGACAACAUACAGCUGUGAAUGUUCCCAGGGAUACAAUGGUCCAAGAUGUGAAGAUUAUAUAUCAUGCCCUUGUGAUCCAAACCCAUGUCAACAUGGUGGAAAAUGCACUAAGAUCGGACCAGUUACUUUUAAAUGUCACUGUAGACCGAGGUGGACUGGUGAUAGAUGCGAAGAUUUCAAAUGCCCUGAUUUUAAAUGUUCUCCGAGCGAAUAUUACCCAGGAUGUCACCCGAAAGGAUGCGAUAUUGAAAGUUGUCCUAACUAUCCGAACGCCCAUUGCUGUAACAAUUAUUGUGACGAGUGCAAAGCUGUGUUCUAUACUGUCGGAAGAGGUAGAAAGAUACCAUAUUCGCAGUGUGGCAGUGAUGAGAGUGGUGGCGGUGGUGGCGGUGGUGGCAGUGGUGGCGGUGGUGGCGGUGGUGGCAGUGGUGGCAGUGGUGGUUGGUAG